AGCGCUGAGUAGUGACUGAGAAGCUCGAUAAUUGGUUAGCUACGUCGUCUUCUCUGCCCCCCCUCUCGCCAAUCCGUGUAGUUGAUUGGUUUCCAUGGGCUGGUGAGUGAUGCGGGCGGAGCAAACCGAGAUCAGAACGUCAUGAAGGAACUGGCGAAGGCCCGCCCCCUCCCUUGCCCGUAUUCUCAGAGCAGAGUUACUCAGUUUCGCUAGCGUGCGGCUCGUUGGACGCGUGGUGCGCUACGUCAUUGAGCAGAGAGGGAGGAGAGGAUUGCGGGGAAAAAGACCGACUGGCAAAUGCGGUCAGUCGGACGGAGAGUGACAAAGGGAAAGAGACCGAGCUGGAAGCGGUUACCGGACACGGAUACGGUGGAGAUUACCUUAUUUUAACGCCCUGCGCAAGGGAUUCUGGGACAGUACCGACCCGAGGUCCAACGGGAACCGAAUUUCUCUGCCCGGUGAUUUUAUCCUGCGCCGCAGCUUCCGCCCGGGAACCCACCCCCGGCCCUGACAGCAAGUGCCCGGCUCCCUGGGCCCACAACUCCGCUCUCUCCGCCCUCUCUCUGCCCGCCCUGUGUGAGAGGCGCCAUGGCCUCAGCCUGUGCCCAAGCCCCGCUCCCUGCCCGCCAUUAACCCCACCUGCCCCGGCUAAUACCCCUACUGGGGCAACAUCUGGGCUACUACCCGGCCCUGGGGCGAGAUUUGCCCUUUACCCACGCACUUCCAUAAUUACCCCUAGGGCAACAUCUGAGACAUCCAGCUGCCCCUGCUAAUACCCCCAUUGGAGCAGUGAGACAUCCAGUUGCCCCUGUUAAUACCCCCAUUGGAGCAGUGAGACAUCCAGCUGCCCCUGCUAAUACCCCCAUUGGAGCAGUGAGACAUCCAGCUGCCCCUGCUAAUACCCCCAUUGGAGCAGUGAGACACCCAGCUGCCCCUGUUAAUACCCCCAUUGGAGCAGUGAGACACCCAGCUGCCCCUGCUAAUACCCCCAUUGGAGCAGUGAGACAUCCAGCUGCCCCUGCUAAUACCCCCAUUGGAGCAGUGAGACAUCCAGUUGCCCCUGCUAAUACCCCCAUUGGAGCAGUGAGACAUCCAGUUGCCCCUGCUAAUACCCCCAUUGGAGCAGUGAGACAUCCAGUUGCCCCUGCUAAUACCCCCAUUGGAGCAGUGAGACAUCCAGUUGCCCCUGCUAAUACCCCCAUUGGAGCAGUGAGACAUCCAGCUGCCCCUGCUAAUACCCCCAUUGGAGCAGUGAGACAUCCAGUUGCCCCUGCUAAUACCCCCAUUGGAGCAGUGAGACAUCCAGUUGCCCCUGCUAAUACCCCCAUUGGAGCAGUGAGACAUCCAGCUGCCCCUGCUAAUACCCCCAUUGGAGCAGUGAGACAUCCAGCUGCCCCUGCUAAUACCCCCAUUGGAGCAGUGAGACAUCCAGUUGCCCCUGCUAAUACCCCCAUUGGAGCAGUGAGCUUCCCACCCCCAUCGGAUCAAUAUCUCGGCUUUGCGACUGAAACCUUUGCCUGAGACCCUGUCAAGGGCAAUAUUGUGCCACAAGUGGGGCAAAAUCACAGAUUCCUGGGGGCAACUGUCCUUAUUCCCCCCCCAGACGACGUAUGACCAGAUCCUCCUAGUUCUGCCGCUUUCCCACUAGAGCAGAACCUGCCCUGUUGCCCUGCCUGUGGUGCAGUAUUGUUGCAGUACCACUUGAAACUGCCCUUAAUACUUGAAGUAUUGCCCCUGCAGGCACAAGCUUUGGGCAACAGCCUCCGGAACCUGCUCUGUGUGGCUCCAACCCUUCAAUCCAUCGCUAAGGAGCAGUAGCCCUGUUACCCCCCGAGCGUCACCUGUGGCCCCGGCAGUGACAAUCCCGUGGCCCUUGCGCCUGUGACUAAACCACUGAUUCCCGGCUACAUGGCCUACUGACACCCCGGCUGCCAUAUUGUGUGCCCGACUGGAGCCCGAGGGAUGGUCUAUAAAUAGUGAUCGUCGGAGGGGAAAGGUGACAAUACAGAGGUGGGGGAGAGGGACCACCGCGCCGGGUAGGCCCCACUGCUUUCGGUAAGGGCUGAGAAGCUUAUUGUGCGCCGGGGCCUUGAUGGUCUUGCCCUCCAUCUGGCUUUGAUCUACAAGAGAGAAGGAGGUGAGGGAGGAGCCGGAGAAUCAUGUCGGGGAGGCCGAGAACCACUUCCUUUGCAGAGAGCUGCAAACCCGUGCAGCAACCGUCAUCUUUUGGCAGCAUGAAAGUCAGCCGAGACAAAGAUGGCAGCAAGGUGACCACAGUAGUAGCGACCCCCGGCCAGGGGCCCGACCGGCAGCAAGAAGUCAGCUACACGGACACCAAGGUUAUUGGCAACGGGUCCUUUGGGGUUGUGUACCAGGCCAAACUGUGCGACACGGGGGAGCUGGUGGCUAUCAAGAAGGUGCUACAGGACAAGAGAUUUAAGAACCGAGAACUGCAGAUCAUGAGAAAACUGGAUCACUGCAACAUUGUGCGUCUGCGCUACUUCUUCUACUCCAGCGGGGAGAAGAAGGACGAAGUGUACCUCAACUUGGUGCUGGACUACGUUCCCGAAACUGUGUACAGAGUGGCCAGACAUUACAGCCGGGCUAAGCAGGCGCUCCCCAUGAUCUAUGUCAAGUUGUACAUGUACCAGCUGUUCCGCAGUUUAGCCUACAUCCAUUCCUUUGGGAUCUGCCACCGGGAUAUCAAACCACAGAACCUUCUGCUGGACCCAGAAACUGCUGUACUCAAGCUGUGUGACUUUGGCAGUGCCAAGCAGCUGGUACGCGGAGAGCCCAACGUGUCCUACAUCUGCUCCCGGUACUACAGGGCCCCAGAGUUGAUCUUUGGAGCCACCGAUUACACUUCCAGUAUUGACGUGUGGUCAGCAGGCUGCGUAUUGGCCGAGCUGCUGCUGGGUCAGCCCAUCUUCCCUGGGGACAGCGGCGUGGAUCAGCUGGUUGAGAUAAUCAAGGUUCUGGGUACCCCGACUCGAGAGCAGAUCCGAGAAAUGAACCCCAACUACACUGAAUUCAAGUUCCCACAGAUUAAGGCGCAUCCUUGGACAAAGGGUUAUGUCUUUUUGCAGGUGUUCCGGGCGCGCACCCCUCCCGAGGCCAUCGCCCUGUGCAGUCGGCUGCUGGAGUACACGCCCACUGCCCGCCUCACCCCAUUGGAUGCCUGCGCCCACUCCUUCUUCGACGAACUGCGGGACCCCAAUCUGAAACUGCCCAACGGGCGCGAAUUCCCUGCUCUCUUCAACUUUACCACUCAAGAGCUGUCAAGCAAUCCUUCCCUCUCUUCUAUUCUCAUCCCUGCCCAUGCUCGGAACCAGGCCUCCGUGCCCACGCCGUCAAACUCGACAUCGGCAUCAGAGACGAGCACCGGGGAGCGCUGUACGAGCACCAACGCAGCCUCCGCGUCGGCCUCCAAUUCCUCCUGAGCCCCCACGCAUGCGCCGCUCACGGGAAAAACGGGCAAAAAGUAGCAAAGGGGGUUGGGAAACAGAGAGAGGGCGCCACCCACCCUGUCCCUGGGACUCGCAAACACUGGCCACACCCACCAAGGAUAAAGCUGAAACUGUAAAGGAAGCGCCACCUUCUGUUCAUUUUUAGUGGUUCAGUUUUUUUUUUAUUAUUGUUAUUUAACCUUGUAAAAUAUCUAUAAAUACAGAUUUUUUUUUUAAUUUUUUUUUUUUUUUUUUAAUUUUUUCUCUGUAAAUCUCACUCCGAUGGAGUUUUCCUUGCGAGAGCCGAGAGGUGAAGUUUGUUUUUUGUUUUAUUUGCCUCUCCUCUCUCCCUCGGACUGGUUACCUUCUCCUGCGCUGGUAUAGGCCACCGCCGCGCUCUAAGCUCCUCCCACACACCCCCAUCUGCUUUCCCCCCCCUAAGGAUUCUGCUGUAAUCACCGGGGUUGGUGGUAGUCAGGGACGGGUUGGCUGUACGGAAUACAUAGAAUGAAAGCUCUUGAGGUUCCAUCAGUUUGCAGCAGCCCCCCACGGGCCCCCCCACACCAGUUUGAUUCUCAGAGUGCCUUAUUGCGUUACGUGCGCGGGUUGGAAGCCUGUACAGCCUGCAUCCGUGCGCCCCCCCCCCCUUGAACCCCCGGCUCAGAGGCACGCGCAGCCCCCCCAUUCCUUUCCCCUCGCUGUCGGGGGGGGUCGCCAAAAGAUACAUUUCAUUGGCUUUCCCAGUCUGUCGUUAAUUGGUCAGUUUUUUUUUUUCUGUUUUUGCCAAAUCCAGGGGGGGGGUGUGAUUGUGAGACGUAGAAGGAUUAACCCUUUCACUGUACGCUGGCGCCGAGGAGUUAACACAUGAGCCAUACAUUGUUAUAACAGGAGCAAGUUACCUCACCCUGUGCCGCCCAAGGGCAUUAGGAUGGCAGAUGCCUCCGGCCUCCUGUGUUUGUCAGUGGCAAGUCCGGCCUGUGUAUGGCACGGGCAUAUGUAGCCACAACUACCCCCCCCCGCAUGUCAGACUGCCCCCCCUGCUGCUACUGACGCUUGGAAUGGUGCAGAUAAAUGGGGGCUUCACCCACACAGACUCACUGGCACCCCUACUCCGGCUGGCACCCUUUCCUCUGGCUACUGACGGGCACCAGUCCCUGCUUAUUCCCUUUGUACAGUGUCUCAGCCCUGGCAGUAAACCUGCCCCCAGUCUCUGUUCGUUUGCCCUGCUGCCCCAGCAGCUGCUGAAGUGCCCAGAACACGCUAUCCAAUCAGGUACUGUAUAAAUCCGAGUCUAGCCAAUCAGAUGCUGUAUAAAUACAAGGCGAUACCAGUAGAUUUGUAUUCUGCCCAGCAGGGGGCGCCUCAGCCUCACAGUUGGUUUGUUCCAUGUAGAACUAUAAUAACUGUCCCUGUAGGCAGCGGUUCCUUGCCCAGAUGCCCCAGCAGUGGCAUUUAUAGUUACCCCUCCCAGGCCCAGAUCUGCCUCCCUUGCAGAAUGUUGGAUAUGAAGCCAUUUUUUUCUGCCUGAGAUGCACCAAUGGGUUGAUAGAAUAUCAGACUAGAGGGGAGUCGCUCCUGGCCUCCUCCUGUGAGGCUUCCGCUACCGGCGCAGAGGAACUCCCUUUACUUAAUUACUUAUUCCCCCCCCCCCUCGAAACCAGUGGUACAUUCUCUGGGGCAGACGCCUUGAUACAUUCGACUCAGCAUGCUUAGUGCCGCAGAGCUUGCGCUCCAUUACCCACUGUAUCAUGUGAUCACUAGGAUGGAAUAUUCCUGUUAAUUGUGCCCAGCUGAUGCCCUGUUUGCCCCAACAAUUCUUAGUUACCCCCCUCCUCUCCCCUUAUUUUAUUAGAUCCAGAAACCCUAAGCCCCUCCUACCGAUCCCCUUGCCUUCCAUUGGCUCAAACUGGAUCUUAGCAGAUGGUUUUAUACGGUGCUCCAGCGAGUGUUUUACUGUGUGCGCCGAUGUUCCCAAAGCAUAUUGGGAAGUUUUAACCGUUUCCAUGCUGUUUGCUUUUAUGUUCCGCUGUGUAGAUUAAGGUUAGUUUGCCCCAGUUUGUUUAAUUGCACCUCUGUUUGUGGCACCAACUGACUUGGGGGGCCCUUAUAUUGCCAGUCACAUUCCCCAGGGGGCAUAGGCCUUAGCUGGGCACAAUGCUGACCCCGUUGGCUUUAGAGACCCCAGGGCCAGGCUCUUCUUGCCCAUCCCAUGAAUAAUCUGCCCCAGUGGAAUGGACCAAUACCAUUAAGGGGCCCUAUAGAACAUGGCUGCCUUUGUGUUGUUGUGUCCCAUUGGGCUGGCACCCUGGGCAGAGGCUCCUCCUUCCUCCGGAUCCGCUGCCCCAUACACCGGCCAACUUGCCCCCAUACACUGGCCAACAUGGUGCAUCAGCUGAUCAGACUGCCCAAUCCACGGACACCCAUGAUAGAUACAGGUCAGGACCGUCCGGCUCGCAUCCGGAACAUCUUCGUGGCUGUGGCACUGUACAGAAUUCUGGGUACUGGUGGGGGACAGAAUUUUACUGCCCCCGAAAACCCUUUCUGCCCAGAAUCAGUGGCCAGAGGUUGGUACAGCAGUGCCCGGGGUAUCACCGUGCUGCCCCCCCCGAUGUAACCGCGGACUUGGCAAAUGCACUUUAUUGCAUUGUGACCUAUAGAAAUGCCCAAAUCCUCACCGCCGCCCCCCCCCACUAUCCAAUGGGAAGUCCCACGCGUUUCCCCCAUUUUUUUCCCUGCGCGUCACCGGCUUCCUACCCACACACAGACGCGAGCGACGGCGCCCCCCCGCGGAAUGUUAUAAGCACAGAACCCUUCUGUACCCCCCGUCCUGGGCGCCCCCUGUCACGGCCGGGCUCAUACCCGGGGCGAUGGGGGGGGCAUUUUCCCUAUUGUGUCGUUUGUUUUGCAAAACCUGCAAUAAAUGGGUUUUAUUUUGGAGUCUUACCCCGCGGGGGGGGGGGGGGGGGGUGGGGGGGUCGGAGCGGGGCGCGAGCUCAGAAUGUAGCCUUCAGCUGUGAUAUCCUCUCUAUAUAAAUAUAUAUACAUAUAUAUAUUUUUUGCUUUGCUUGUAAUAUCCGCUUCCAUAAUGUGUGUUUCUGGUGGAUCCGCCAGGGUGGUCCAACCAAUAUGUGUAAGAAGAAAAAGAAAAAAAAACAAAAAAAAAGGUAAAUAGCCACACCCACGAGGAACUGGUUACCUAGGAAACACGUCACUCACAUUACAGAAACCUGUCCGAUGUGUAAAACAUUACGACUUGAAUGCCUCCGUGACUGAACCCCCCGAUUUCUUUCCACCUCUGCGCCCCCUGCAGGCCGUCCCACAGCGAAGGGGUUAUUUGUUUUUGGUUUUUUUUUUAAUUUUUCAUAUACGUAUGCCUAAUCGGAAAUCUCUCCGCCUCUCUUUCCUCCAUCCCUUUUGUAAAUACAUUUUGUUCUGUGUGACACAAUUCCAAAAUAGUUACCCGGUAUCUGUAAUUUGCAUUAAAUAAAAAAAAAGUAGGUUAGUCUGGAAAUGAAAUAAAACAAACAAAAAAAAAACCC